AUGCGACAACAACAGAAUCCUAUGAGACAGCCUGAUACUCAGUCUGAUGUUCUUAAUCAAUUCAUGACUGAAACGCGGUUUUCUAUUAGAAAUUUGGAGAACCAGAUUGGGCAAUUGGCUACUCUUAUGGCAAACUGUGCUCAAGGUAACCUUCCUAGCACCACUGAAGUCAAUCCAAAAGAAGAGUGCCAGGCUAUUACAUUGAGAAGUGGGAAGAAAUAUGAAGAGCCAAGUGUGGAGCAGUCAGAUGAAGACAAGGUUCAGGAUCAACAAGUACAGGGUACAGUGGAAAAGAAGCAAGGUGAAAACAAGGUUACUGAAUACCUCCCAACCAAAGAAGCUACACCACAAGUGAGCAUAGAUCACCACAUCAAGAUUCCCUACCCACAAAGGCUCCGCAAGAACAACCUUGAUAAGCAAUUCUCAAAGUUCCUUGAAAUAUUCAAGAAACUACAUAUCAAUAUCCCAUUUGCGGAGGCCUUGGAGAAAAUGCCAAUGUAUGUUAAAUUCAUGAAGGAUAUUUUGGCCAAGAAAAGGAAGUUGGAGGAAUAUGAGACAAUGGCACUUACUGAGGAGUGCAGUGCAAUCUUGCAGAAGAAAUUACCUCCCAAGCUUAAAGAUCCGGGUAGUUUCAAUAUUCCAUGUUCUAUAGGGGGCUCUGUCGAAACAAAAGCUUUAUGUGAUUUAGGGGCAAGUGUGAAUCUAAUGCCUCUAUCUAUUUUUCGAAGGCUAAAAUUGGGAGAAGCUCGCCCUACAACAGUUUCCUUACAGAUGGCUGAUCGCUCCAUUAAACAUCCUCGUGGAGUGAUAGAGGAUGUCUUGGUGAAGGUGGGUAAAUUUAUUUUCCCCGCUGAUUUCAUAAUUCUUGACAUGGAGGAAGAUGCAAACAUUCCCAUUAUUUUGGGAAGAACAUUUUUAGCCACAGGACGAGCUUUAAUCGAUGUACAAAAAGGGGAGUUAAGGUUGCGAGUCCAAAAUGAGGAAAUAAGUUUUAAUGUCUUUGCAGCAACUGAAAUUCCUACAUGCUGUAGAGUUGAUGUGGAGAAUGAUUGUCAAGAAUCAAUUGGUAAAAAGAAGAAGAAGACCAAAGAACGAUUUCGAACAGUUCGACGUCGUAUGAAAAGAUUAUUGUGUGGCAAGUUUGAAGGUUUCGAUGACAUUGGGGAUAAUUUCAAUAUUCUCAACAGUAGAAGGGAGUUUUCCUCGUAUGACACGAUGGCGCUCAAGGAUGCAAGGGGUGGACUUGACCCAAGUUGA